AAUAGCUAACUGCUGACCCCGGACACACACCGACACACGUGCUGUAACUGUCAGAGCCUUCAGGACAGCAGCAAGAAACACAAAUUCUCAGAGUUAUGUACGUGUUCAUUGACGACAUCGUUGCUGCUGAGGCGCUAUAGCAGACAGUAUGAGUGCUCAGGGUGCUGCUCCUCCGGCCACUAAUGGCAUCACUCCGGUUCAACAGAUGGUGGCGUCCUGCUCCGGAGCCAUCCUCACAUCUCUGUUCGUCACACCUUUGGAUGUGGUGAAGAUCCGACUGCAAGCACAGAGAAGUCCCUUCCCCAAAGGGAAAUGCUUUGUCUACUGCAAUGGACUCAUGGACCACUUAUGUGUGUGUGAAAACGGCAACUCCAAGGCCUGGUACAAAGCUCCGGGUCACUUCAGCGGCACUUUGGAUGCCUUCGUCAAGAUAGUCCGUCACGAGGGCAUCGCGUCGCUAUGGAGCGGUCUGCCUCCAACCCUCGUGAUGGCGGUGCCGGCUACGGUGAUCUACUUCACGUGUUACGAUCAGCUGUGUGCAGCUCUGAGGGUCCGGAUGGGAGACCGAGCUCAGGAGGCUCCUCUGCUGGCAGGAGCCAUCGCCAGGGUGGGCUCGGCGACGGUGAUCAGUCCUCUGGAGCUGAUCCGGACGAAGCUUCAGUCUCAGAAACAGUCGUACGGGGAGCUGACUCAGCUGAUCCGCUCGGCGGUGGAGGCUGAAGGCUGGCGGUCUCUGUGGAGGGGUCUGGGCCCGACGCUGCUCCGGGACGUGCCCUUCUCCGCCAUGUACUGGUACAACUACGAGAGAGCCAAGAGCUGGCUGUGUGCGCGGCACAACACCAGGGAGCCCACGUUCACCAUCACCUUCAUAGCCGGAGCCGUGUCGGGAUCCGUUGCGUCCAUUGUGACUUUACCUUUCGAUGUCGUCAAGACAAGGAGACAGGUGGAGCUGGGAGAGCUGCAAGCAAAGAACUUGUCCGGUGAUGUGUCCUCCUCCACCCUCAGUGUGAUGAGCAGGAUCGUGGCGCAGGACGGCUUUGGCGGACUCUUCGCAGGUCUCCUCCCCAGACUGAUCAAAGUGGCUCCGGCCUGCGCCAUCAUGAUCAGCUCGUACGAGUUCGGAAAGGCCUUCUUCCGCAAACACAACCAGGAGAGGAUUCUGGGGCCGCCGCAGACCAGCAACACCUGAGAGACUGAACAACAUUAAAACUGCACUAUACCUAAACACAAGAGGCUUGUAUUGCCAAAUUAAGAACUUAGGUUGAAAUGAGAGCCAAAAAAGUAAAUAAAAGAAUCACUCACUUGACCCUUUUCUACACUGCAAGAUAUUACAGAUGAUCAAAUUUAUAUUAACUGCUUUUUUUAUUGUAGUAUUUAUAAUAAAAUGUUCCGUUGUUUUAUGUUCACGCCUGUAGAUGCACAACGGGAAAGAAAUAUUUUUAUCAAAACGAUGUGAGAUGUAUUUACCUGCCAGCAGAUGGCAGCCACAGUGUUGUUAAUAACAAUAAUGUCAUUUUCCAGGUGUUUAAUGUGGUUUCUUUGUGAUCCUGUGCCUCAAGUCAUGAAGUUAGAGUCUAACCUCAAAGUCAGUGUAUCUUCCGAACCUCCAUGUUUUUGCACUUGUGCUCCAACACUGUGUUGAUGUUGUGUAACAACAGAGACGCACAAAAGCUCACGUAGUGCCAGCACAGCAUCGAGCAAGUGUUAAGCAACAAUAGUUCUCUUUUUUUCAAUUUGACAAAAGAUGACCGACACAUGCACACUUUAUGAAACUUCUCAAAUGUCAUAUAUACACACCAGAUUUUCAUGUCAUUGACUGUAUGAAGCUUUAUCACCUCUUGUUGACAAGAAACUCAAGCCGUCCUGUCAUAUUUUCUGUGUUUCAGCAAGUGGAGUUUAUUCAGAAUGAAAGAUAAAAAGGCAAAUAAAUAAACAAUAAAACGUCUGCUGUA